AUGUUUCUUCUAUUUUUGAUUCCAUCAAUUCUUGGAUCACCCGAAUCUGAUGCUAAAUCUCUAAAUGAUGCACUUUAUGGAAUACCAAAUGGAUUCAAUGAAUCAACAUUGAUCACGGUGAUUUAUGAGAAAAAAUUCAUGGAAAGACAGAAAAUGAUGGAGAGUUUUCGAAGAGUUUACGGUGAAAAUGCGUAUUCUGAUCUAUGCAACAAAAUCGCAUAUGCUCCAGAAGACAUCACAAUGGGAAUAAUCGAUAAUAGUUCAGCGUAUUAUGAUGCUAAAGUUCUAAUUCGUGCAAUGUAUGGUUGGUGGUAUGAAAGAGAUCCUGUAUUCGAAAUUAUGAUAUCAAGAACAUCUCAAGAAAUUCGAGAGAUCAAAAAGGCAAGUUAUGGAUUAGGCACUGAUUUGUGUGAUCGUCUUAAUUGGAAAACAAUCGGCGAUUUGAACGAUGUGAUGGUUUUACUUUGUAAAGCUGAUAGAAAUGAAGAUAAUUGGUAUGAUGUAGAUUUAGCACUAAAAGAUUGUGAUAAGCUUUAUCAAUUUGGCCCUCGUAGAAUGUUAGAUACAGAUGAAUAUGGGAUAAAUCACAUUUUGUUCAAACGAAACUAUGAACAACUUCGAGUGAUGUUUAGGGUUUUCUCGAAUUAUGUAUUCACAUAUUUAUGGAAAGAUGAAUAUAUAACUUUGGAGAAACGAUCGAUUGAAACGAUGAUUAGAGAAGAAUAUUCAUUUGACACAGAGGUUGCACUUUUAGAAUAUGUGAAAGUUGUCAAGAAUCGUAUUGGAUAUUUUGCAAGUCUUAUUCGGAAAGGUUUGACAGGUUGGUUUAUCGCAUGAGGUAUGACGUGGCGACUUUAUGAGGUCAGAACUCGCCUUUAAAAUUAUUUUCAUGAAAAUCUGAUAGCAUAGGGUUGUUCAGGAAGGUUAUAUAAUAACUCAUGUUAGGCUUCGAGCUUUAGAAUCAUGUUCAGCGGGUCGAAAACUACAGAAGUUUGAUUGAUUUGCAGAUGGCGCUGGAUCUCAGGGCGAACGACGAGUGAUUCGAACCAUUUUCGGACGCGCUGGCAUUGAUUUACCCGAAAUUGUCAAGGAGUUUGGUGGCAAAAAUGAACUUGUGGAGGCAAUUCAAAAAUCUGCGGAUUUAUAUUGGUUUACUAAACAAGCUUUGAUCGCUGUUCUGAAUGCGAAUUGCGAACAAUGUUGA